AUGAUAUCCAGCAAGGCAUCCAGAGUUUUGCGUUUUCUUAUCAUAGUGUCACUGGGAACUCUUGUGUUUCAGCUACUAUUAAUUGCGCGAUAUUCGGCAGUAAGGUCAUACACUGAUGACCUUGAUAGGACUUUUGAAGAAUCCCAAGACCUCUAUGUGGAACACACACAAGAAAAUUCUGAAGAAGAGAAAAUUGAGAAAUUAUUGUUAGAAGAAGCAGCCAAGAACAACGCAUUAUUACAUCCAGAUCUACCCCCACCAGUGCAUGCAGAGGUUAAAGACAGUGAUAUCCAGUCGGUUCGAUUACAAGGAAUUACAGACACCUACAGAUGCUCAUACUUAAUUUCCGGACAAGGAAAAGAAAUUUCUUAUAUUCAGGGUCUAUUGAAUAAGACACUGAGUGAAAACCUUCAACCCAUUGCAGAUGAAAUGGUGACAAAGUGGACCACAGAUUGCGACAAGUAUAAAGUACAGAGAAAAUAUCCAAUAAAGGCACUGUCAGACGAGGAAGCUGCUUACCCGAUUGCCUACAGUAUUUUGGUACAUGAGGAUGCAGCUCAAAUUGAGAGACUAUUCCGUGCAAUAUAUAUGCCACAGAACUUCUACUGUUUUCACAUAGAUAAGAAAGCAUCUGAUAAUUUUAAGCAGGCUGUAGUCAAUUUGGUCAGCUGUUUUGACAAUGCGUUUAUUGCUUCCAAAUUGGAGCAUGUAAUAUAUUCAAGUUUUUCUCGUUUGCAAGCCGAUAUAAACUGCCUGCAAGAUUUGAUUAAAGUAUCAAAUAAAUGGACAUAUGCAAUCAAUCUUGCAGGACAAGAUUUCCCGUUGAAGACUAACCGUGAAAUAAUGACUCAGUUAAAAUUAUUUCAUGAAUUAAAUGAUAUUCCUGGUAUUCUCCCAAACUCUGACUCAAUACGUGAUCGAACAAGACUAAGUCACAAUACAUCAACAGGUCAAAUUGCUGCUGGAAAUGCACAAAAAACUCCGCCCCCACAUAAUAUAACUGUUUAUUUUGGAUCUGCUUACAACAUCAUCAGUAGAAAUUUUCUUAGUUGGGUGUUCACAAACAAAGUCGCAAAUGAUUUUUUAGAAUGGUCUAAGGACACGUAUGCCCCAGAUGAACAUUUCUGGGUGUCAUUAAACAGACUUCCUGCUGUCAUUGGUGGGUACCCCAAUGCAUCAUGGGAUUCAACCGCCAGAGCAAUCAAGUGGAUGUACUAUGAUGGAGAAUUAUAUCCACCUUGCACUGGUAAAUAUGUUCGACAUAUCUGUGUUUACGGUGUCGGUGAUCUCAGGUGGCUUACCUCGCAACAUCAUUUAUUUGCCAACAAGUUUGAUUUGAAAAUGGACCCAGUUGUUGUGCAAUGUUUAGAGCAAUGGUUAAACUACCGAAUAGAACGGCCAAACAUUAAUUGGAGUAAUUUCCCUCAUCACUUGUAUGAUGGAGGCUGA